AGAGGCCUCCCGUGGGCACAGCGCCCAACAGCGACACGAGCCGCUCCGUCGCCAGCUCAGAGUCUCUGCAGCGGUGGCCUCGCCGGACCCAGGGGAACUUCAGGGUCGGAGGGCCGCGGUGGCAACGGGCACCCGGCCCCAUGGAGGCUCGUGGGGAGCUGGACCAGUCCCGGGAAUCGGCGGGCGGCGACCUGCUGCUGGCGUUGCUGGCGCGGAGAGCCGACCUGCGCCGAGAGAUCCCGAUGUGUGCCGGCUGUGAUCAGCACAUCUUGGACCGCUUCAUCCUUAAGGCCCUGGACCGACAUUGGCACAGCAAGUGUCUCAAGUGCAGCGACUGCCACAUCCCUCUGGCGGAGCGCUGCUUCAGCCGCGGGGAGAGUGUCUACUGCAAAGACGACUUUUUCAAGCGCUUCGGGACCAAGUGCGCUGCGUGCCAGCUGGGCAUCCCGCCCACGCAGGUGGUGCGCCGCGCCCAGGACUUCGUGUACCACCUGCACUGCUUCGCCUGCGUGGUUUGCAAGCGGCAGCUGGCCACAGGGGACGAGUUCUACCUCAUGGAAGACAGCCGGCUGGUGUGCAAGGCGGACUACGAGACAGCCAAGCAGCGAGAAGCCGAGGCCACAGCCAAGCGGCCGCGCACCACCAUCACCGCCAAGCAGCUGGAGACGCUGAAGAGCGCCUACAACACUUCGCCCAAGCCGGCGCGCCACGUGCGCGAGCAGCUCUCCUCCGAGACCGGCCUGGACAUGCGCGUGGUGCAGGUGUGGUUCCAGAACCGCCGGGCCAAGGAAAAGCGGCUGAAGAAAGACGCAGGCCGGCAGCGCUGGGGACAGUAUUUCCGCACCAUGAAGCGCUCCCGCGGCAGCUCAAAGUCCGACAAGGACAGCAUCCAGGAGGGACAGGACAGCGACGCUGAGGUCUCCUUCACUGAUGAGCCGUCCAUGGCGGACAUGGGGCCUGCAAAUGGCCUGUACAGCAGCCUCGGAGAGCCCACCCCUGCCUUAGGCCGCCCUGUAGGAAGCCUGGGCAGCUUUGCCCUGGAGCACGGAGGCUUGGCAGGUCCAGAGCAGUACCGAGAGCUGCGGCCAGGCAGCCCCUACGUAAUCCCCCAAUCCCCUGCAGCCCCCCAGAACCUUCCUGGCCCCCAGCCUCUCCUCUCCAGCCUGGUAUACCCAGACGCCAACCUGGGCCUUGUACCUUCAGGGCCCCCAGGUGGGCCCCCGCCCAUGAGGGUGUUGGCUGGAAAUGGACCCAGCUCCGACCUGUCCACGGAGAGCAGCGGUGGUUACCCAGACUUCCCUGCUAGCCCUGCCUCCUGGCUGGAUGAAGUAGACCAUGCUCAGUUCUGACGGAGGCCCCUAAUUCCCCUGGCUCUAACUCAGGGGUCUUGGUGCUGCCUCUGGGCGGGUAGCUAACCCUACCCAAUGCUGUCUACUGCAAGGACCUCUAAGGGAAGGACAGGGUUCUCAAGUGGGAGACUAGGGGCUGCUCCACCUCCAGGCUCCCUGGCCCCUCCCUGGGGCUGAGGUGCUCCAUGGCCCUUCCUUGGACACAAGAGUGGCCUGUCUGGUGGCUGUCCACAGGUCAGUGACUCUUGACCACAUUUUGUAAGCAUUUCUCUUCUUUAAUCUACCAGUUAACAGAGUCCUUGCUGCUGUUUGAGACAGGGCAGGAGGCCAGACCUUAAUGUCCUGGCAUAAAACAAUAGUAACAACUUGCUUCAUUGCUUCUAAUGGGCUUGGUAAAGGCUCACGCUUGUGUCCUCCCGGGCCACUGACUAACCCAGGGAGCAGAGGUCUCCUCCCAACUGCCGGCCCUCCCUCCCUGGAGUCUUCAGAUCUUUCUGCUCUGGCAUUCACUGAGGAAGCAGAGCUUUCUGGAGCCCCUUCUCCAAGGUGUCAUCUUCAAACAUGAGCGCAGUUCCCCUUCUCCUGAGGCACAGCCUCGCUCAGGGGCAGAGCAGAAUUGUGCACCAAGGACAGAUACCAUUGCCAAACAGACUGUGGUCCUGUGCAGGAGCGGGAUGAUUCUGCCAGCCCAGACUGGGCGGUCUCCCCCAUGGGAGGAGGCUGGGCUGGGGGUCCUCCCAAUUGACUCUGUCUCAGACCCAAAGCUUGGCCAUGUGUAAGUUGAAAUCAUUCCUGAAAACCAGGAACUUGGCUACCUGUUGGUUCUGUAAACGUCCCGUGACUUUUAUUUAUUCCCUGGUGACCCACUCUUUCCAAGACUUCAAUAAAUUUGUCAGUUUCAGUGCGAGAA